AUGCUGCCGUGUGUCCGGCACUGCGUCCUGACGAGCCGCUGGCUGCCCGCAGCUCUGGCGCUGCUCCUCCUCGUCUCCUCCAGCUUCAGCUGCGCUCACAGCGCCACGGUGAAGCACGACUUCCACAUUGUUCACAAUGUCGACAACAGAAGUCCAGAGAUAGACCCAUUCUGGUACGUGGGGCGUGGGGUGAGACCCAUCGGGCGCUUCGGGAAGAGGCACAGCAGCGUGGAGGCUCUGGGCAGCAGAGGGGUGCAGCCUGUCCUCCUGACUUUAGGGCUGCUGCUCAACAGCCUCAGAAACAAGGACAACUUCGGGAAAGUGCUGGAUGGGGAAGACAGGGAUUGGUUACCGUGACAGCAAGUCCUACUCCCUUCAUCUACAAACUCUAGAGUGUCUUCAUUUUUUAAAAUCUUGAUUGAGUUGAUAAACUUGUUUGCUCUAGCUCUUACCUGUAUUUCUCUCUGGUGUC